GCCCGGCACGUGACGUAGAGUAAGUUCCUGCUGUGGCUUGAGGGAAACAAAUCGACAUUCAGCCACGGGAGAAUCGCAUUUUGCGGACACACUGCCAGUGUGAACAACAGACGACCGCGGCACACCCGCAGCCAAUGUGGCCCGGGCGUAAGGGGGACAGCAGCAGCCUGUGGAAGCCCCCUCCCUGAAUAAUGGCCGCACCAAUCUCAGUAUACAACUCGAAUGCCUUGGACACACACAUCUCCAGUACCUCCAGAGAGUCCCUGAAGAUGGAAUUGUUAGCAGAUGUAUGUCUGCUGCCUGGAGAGGACAGAAUUAUAGAUAAAGACAUCAUCUACAUCUGUCCAUUCCGUGGAGCAGUGAAAGGCAAAGUGUUGAUCACCAACUACAGACUCCACUUCAAGAGCUCAGAUACUGAUGUGGUGGUGACGAUGGAUGUUCCUUUGGGUGCCAUAAGUCGGGUGGAGAAAAUGGGUGGGGCAUCAAGCAGAGGCGAAAACUCCUAUGGCCUGGAUAUCACCUGCAAGGACAUGAGGAACUUGAGGUUUGCCCUGAAGCAGGAGGGCCACAGCAGACGAGAUAUUUUUGAGCUCCUCUUCAGACAUGCCUUUCCCCUCUCACAUUGUCUACAUGUGUUUGCAUAUGUGACUCAAGAGAAGUAUGAGGAGAAUGGCUGGAAUGUCUACAAACCCAUAGAAGAGUUUAGACGCCAGGGUUUACCUAAUAACAAGUGGCGUAUUACAUUCAUUAAUAAGAACUAUGAGCUGUGCGACACCUACCCUACUGUACUGACAGUACCCUUUAAAAGUAAAGAGGAGGACCUCAGAAGAGUUGCAGUGUUCAGAUCAAGAGGACGCAUACCGGUUCUAUCAUGGAUCCACAGGGAGAACCAGGCAGUGAUUGUCCGUUGCAGUCAGCCUCUGGUUGGCAUGUCUGGUAAAAGGAACAAAGAUGACGAGCGCUAUCUGGACCUGAUCAGGGAGGCAAACGACACUGCCAAGCUCACUAUAUAUGACGCCAGGCCUAACGUCAACGCUGUGGCCAACAAGGCCACUGGAGGAGGCUAUGAGGGUGAUGAGUACCAAAACGCAGAGCUCAUCUUCUUAGACAUCCAGAAUAUCCAUGUCAUGAGGGAAUCCCUGAAGAAACUCAAAGACAUUGUCUACCCAAAUGUUGAGGAAUCACAUUGGCUAUCCAGUCUAGAGUCUACACACUGGCUAGAACAUGUUAAGCUGGUGUUGUCAGGAGCCAUCCAAGUAGCAGACAAGGUUUCCAGUGGAAACUCAGUGGUGGUUCACUGUAGUGAUGGCUGGGAUAGAACUGCCCAGCUCACCUCGUUGGCCAUGCUGAUGCUGGACAGUCACUACCGCACACUCAGAGGAUUUCAGGUGCUGAUUGAGAAGGAAUGGAUCAGCUUUGGGCACAAAUUCGCCUCAAGGACAGGUCACGGUGACAAGAACCAUGCAGAUCAGGACAGAUCGCCCAUCUUUGUUCAGUUCAUUGACUGUGUAUGGCAGAUGACUAAACAGUUUCCUACAGCCUUUGAGUUUAAUGAGCGGCUUCUGCUGACAAUCCUGGAUCAUCUCUACAGCUGUCGUUUUGGGACUUUCCUCUACAACUGUGAGAGUGCACGAGACCAGCAUGAGGUGAGGUCAAAGACAGUGUCUCUGUGGUCUCUGGUCAACAGCAAGUGGGACAUUUAUUUAAACCCCUUCUACACCCCUGAGUCUGGCAGGGUCCUCUACCCCGUUGCCAGCAUGCGUCACCUAGAGCUGUGGGUAACAUACUACAUCCGCUGGAACCCACGCAUACGACAACAGCAUCAGAGUCCGGUGGAGCAGCGCUACAAGGAGCUGUUGUCCCUCAGAGAUGAGUACUUGAAGAAGCUGGAGGAGCUGCAGCUCUCUGACACCUCUCCUUCCUCCCAUUUGGCUAACAGCUCCACCCCCAACACAUCCUCCACCUCCUCCACACCAUCACAGCAAUACACACACCUACAGACUCCUUUCUGAGGGCUGAUGACACAUACACACAGAUACACCCCCCUCACAACUACACACAGAGUAUGUAUAUAUAUAUAUAUAUAUAUAUACACACACAUAAUUUUUAUUAAAAAAAAAUCUUUCACUCAGAUAUCUGUCAAUCUUACAUACAUGCAGGGAUUAAUUAUUUUGCAGUCAUAAAUGUGGAUAACAAAGAAUACUAAUUUGAUUUAGAUUAGAUUGUUAACUCUAACACCAUAGUGGUGAUGAUGGGGAUUUAUGCAAAAUGUCACAUUACAGCCUUGUCACAAGACUUCUCUAUAUACUCAUUCAUCAUAAAGUGAAGCCUUAAAGACAUUCAGUCCAACGGUUUGAACACUCUGGACACACAGUGGUUGUGUAUCAGUGUCCACACAGGCAGCACAGAAAGGCUGAAUAUUGUGUAUUUUUCAUCCGCACUAUAUUCACACAAGUCCUGUUGGUGGUUAUUUUUAAAAUCAGAUCACCACUGAACAUUUAUACUCUAUAGGUUCAAUGGUAAGCUGAGAUGCAGAACUGUGUGUUGACUGCACUGCUGUUUGAGAGACAGAGGUUUGUCUUAACCUUUGAUUUAGCUUCGCAAAAUAACCGUAACUUCAAGUAAACCUGUUCACAUUUUACAGUUGUCAGGUGUAUGGUUGUCCAUUGAAAGAACUCUUCAACAUUUAAACUGACAGAAAGUUAACCUAUGUGCCUCCAUUUAAAGAUAUUUCAGGGUUGUAGCUUGGUUUGUGUUAGCUUUAAAGGCUAAUUUUAAAAAGGGCUUGAAAUAGUGGACAGUGCUAAACAAGCUCUGUUGACAGUUAAAUACAUUUUUAAAAAUCCAAGUUAUGCCCAAAAGAAGAUCCCCAGCAGUUAGCUCCAACUUCCUGUGUUUACUUCAGAACCUCACUGUAUCUCUCUCUGCUGUUGUCCCGCUACACAACAGUUGGUGUUCUUUGUGAGCAAAGCAUAUUGCAAAUCAAGAUUUUUUCAGAGUGUUGCUCUGACACAUGAGGAAUCAGUCUGAUCAGCUGCAGAGUGUCAGAUUUAGAUGCAGUGGUGUGGAAUUUCAUUUUGUUGGUGUGGAAUUUGCUGAUCAGCUUAUGAGGCUGAAAGCUACAUUCAUGUGUGUUUUGUCACUGCCAUCAGCCAAGCUCAACUAAGCACUAUUUCCCAGCUCCUGCCUAUGCUAUGGCUGAGGGUAAAUACAGUUCUAGCAAAUAGUAAUAGUUCUGUUAGAAUUAAUCCAUGAUUUACUCUUAUGAAUGCAGCUUUGAUGUGGUUUGAAAUGUAUAGUAUAGGGAAAUGGAGUGAUGCUUGGCCUCUGAUUUUGUAUCCCCCUCCCCUUACUUAACACAGACCCAGAUGGGGGCCAGGUUAAGUCCAUGAUAACCUUACCAUGCCUGGAUGUUUGUUUUCAAAUGGGUUAAGGGACAGUUAGCAGAAAAGAUACUAAAACUGUUAAAUACAUUUAUGUUGAUAUACACACCACCCUCACUGAAAAGUCCCAUGUUAUUUCAUAGCACAUGUGCCUUUUGGACAUGUGGAGAAGUUUAGUUAAAAAAGUUGUUUGGUUGUCUGACUGCUCAUGUGUCUGGCCUAUGAGACUCCAGGUUAUACCGCUGUGCAGUAGAUUGACAUUGUCAGCAGAAUUCAACAAUAAAACUGGUGCAAAAACAUGGUACCAUAACAGUAAUGAUGGGGAAAGCUGUACUACAUGUUAUAAACAUUGAUUUUAUGUGGCAAGUAAUAAAUGUCAUUUUCCUUUAGGAAAUUCUAUGGAAGAUAAUUUCUUGUUGAAAAAUGGAAAACAAAGUAUUACGAAUGGCAAAAAUAAAUGUUUAUAAUAUGCCAAAGUUUUAGGGUACCACUUUCAAAUUAAGUCAGUUGUGGUUUGUAUUUUCAUUUUCUAAGUCAAAAUUUAGAUUUUUUUCUAUACGAUUCAUUUUACUUUUAUCUCAAAAGGAUGAGAUCGUAUUAAAUCACUAUUUUGUCAUUUUGAAAAUCCUAAAAAAAAAAUCAAAAUCUAAAAUUUGCCAUAUUUAUAUGGUAUUGACUGAUACUGAGUAUUUUUAUUAUCUAUUAUGCUUACAGAACUUAUUUCCCCCUAACUCACAUGGCCUUCCAAACAUGAAAACCAUUCUGUCCAAAAAUCUAAUUCUUUAGAGAGUGAGGAUUUUGCUGCUAACUCAGAAAGUUCUCAUUUUAAUUAGUUUGAAACCAACAUACAUAAUUAACUCAGACAUAUGAGUCAUAAUGUCUGUCAAAAAUGUACUCUGUGUUGUAUCAUUCUGUCUCUCUACAUGGCAACAGAAGUGUUUACUACAGUCAGAGUCUAAGGCUGGUAGUCUUCAGUCUCAGGUACUUUAUUUUAACCUGGUCCACAAUAGAGGAUUGAGGCUUGCCUACUUUUAGAGCAGGUUUGGUGUGUAUCAUCAUCCAUUAGAGAGAAAUUCUUAUUUUAGUAAUUCCAGCUCUGGGUUCAAUCAUUGAAAGCAUAAUAAAAACCAAUGAAUAAGCAUUUAAAAAGCUCACGUUGUGGUCUUGGUAGCAGUUAUGACUUAACACUGCAUAUUUUGUUGAAAUUAUUUAUCGGUAGAUAAUAUGAAUAUGUAUGGAUCACCACUAAAGAUCAAGUAAUCUUGGCACAAUUUGUAACAUUUUAUUGAAAGAGUUUAGCAGUUCCAUUCCCACAGGAUUUAUAGAUACCAAGAAAAAUCUAUUAGCAUCGGCAAGUUCUCUUGACAAGAAAUAGAGAUAUAUUUGUCAGUGCAGAAAAUAUGUUAAAGUGCUCAAUAGAGGUGGAAGGUGUGAGGAGUAGCUGGUUGCAGAAGGAUUUGUGCUUUUAAAUUAGCUUAAGUGAUGGUCUAACCUCUAUCCAAAAAUUAUAUUGCAUUGCAAAAACCCAGCAGUGACUUCUUAAGAAGAUAUUGGUGAAUGAGGCUCAAUGUUGUCCAAGCAGUUCCAUUAGCAUUUCAGGGAGAAUUCAAACCUUCCACUUGCCGGCAUUAGACACGGUUUAGACGCUGUAGUAAUUUACUGAACAUUCAACUGCACAUUUAAUCCCUGAUUUCAAGCUGUCGUUAUUAGCACAGUCAACAGAAUUUAAACUCUGUGAUUGGAUAUUUCUUAUUAAAAGGCUCAUUUGGAGUUAUAGUGACCUCCUCUUUGUAUGCUUUACACAUGACAUAGAAUACAACUUUACUUCUGGAACCUUGGGUACAUUCUGAAUAUCUGCUCCCACUGUACUUCUCUCCAACAUCCUUGAAUUUCAAAUAAGCAACCUGCAAGAAGACAAAGAGUCAAGAAGGCCCAGAAAAGCCAGCUCAGACUCCAAUACAUUCCCCCUCACACACUGUUCAACCGACUAGGCCUACAGCAAAUUGGAAGCAAUGAAGAUCUGGAAGAUGUACUGUAUGUACAGUGUGACAGUUUCAGUGGUGAAUGAGGUUUAACAAGUCGUUUAGUGAAGUGCUUUAGGUCAUGUCCAGAUUUGUGCCUUGAUUCUUGUGUAAAUCACCUUCUGUCUUGUUUGAGCUUGACUGUUGGUCCCAAAGAAAGAUGGCUUUGUAUACUCUAUUGUGGAAGGGGAUAUGAUGUUCCAUUGGUUUGUGCUAGUGUGAAGUGAGAUCCUGCUAACUACUGACGGUAAAAGACGGCAUAGUACCAGAGAUGCAUUUCCGUGUGUUUAAAGGAAGCCGAUCUUUAUCCCCUACAGUGUAAUGCAGUAACAGAUCAUAGUAGCAAGAAAAACUCAAAAUUUCCUGAUCUAACUGUGAGGAACCAUGUUGAGUAAUACACCACGUUUCUUUGUUACUGAAAUUUCUUUAGAGCCAAUGUCUUUGAUAUCUUUAAGUGCAUUCUGUAAAAACAAAUUUGAUGCAAAGUGUUCUUGGUUGAGUUUUCAAACCUCAACAUUGAGUGGGAUAAUAUUUGUAGUAUUAACUGCACUGGUGAUGUUACUAACAAGACAAACUUAUAUAGUCUAUAAGACAACACUGAACAUUGAAAGCAUAGGUAUAAUGGUAAGACGUUACAAUGACUCACUUUAACACAACUGAAGCCUAUGAAAGAGCCAUGGAGCUUAAGUUUUUCACAAGCCAGUUCUCUGACUCACAUGAACAAGUGCAACACAAUGAGUUGUACUUCAAGGAGAGCAAUACCACUCUUCAACUUCUUCCCAAAGUAACAAUACAACCGAUCCCUCAAUAUGGACAACAAAAAUUUUAUCUUGGCACAAUUCAAAACAAUUUAUUGAAAAAGUUUAGCGUUUCCAUUAACACUGGAUUACCAAGAAAAAAAUCUCUUAGCAUCUGCAAGUUUUCUAUGCAUUUUUCAGUACAGACAAUAUGUUCAAGUGCCCAAUAGAGGUGGAAGAAUGAUUUCCACUUUGUAAAUUAGCUUAUGUGAUAGUCCAACCUCUAUCACAAAUUAAUUUGGCAUUACAAAAACCCAGCACUCUUUUGUGCCAUGGAUUGGCAAGCAGGCCAAAGCUGUCCACAAUCACUGGAGACAACUGAAACAAAAUCAGGGGUGUACCUUUAGCAAACACUCAGGAUAAAGUCUGGAGAGAAUGGUCUACCUGCAAGAAAGUCAAAUCUCAAACUAGACUUUUCUCAGUUAGAUGGAGUGGGCACAAUUGCAUAGAACAGCCUGUGUUUACAAAUAGGUCAAUUAAUAAAGGUUCUACAAGAGGGAAAAUUAAAAACUUCAUUGACAAAGGGCUGGUCUCACUGAAGCGGUUUGGAAGUAAAACAACAGAGACAACAACAUUAAAUGUGUGUUGGUCAAGUGGUUGUGUUUUUAGAGAAAAACAGAUGAAAAUCUAUUUUUUUUAUGUUUUACUUUGUACACGCACCAUGAUGUAAUUACCUCAAUCAAAACCUAUUUUACUGUCUAAAGUUAUAUUGUUGUAAAAUACAAUUAUUUUGUGUAGUGUAAAAUCUUACAGUUUUAUAAAAAGUAAUGUUUCAGAAAUUGGUCAUUUAUUGUGGGGGUUUUUUUGGGGGUAUUUUUUUGUUUGUACUUGCUAACCUAGGAUAAAAAGGCAGAAGCUUACAUACUGUUCACUUGUCAUAUUCCUCUGUUCUCUGAUGAAACUUUGAUUUGUAGAUACUUUGUAGACACUUUAGCUCCGUGGGAAUUAAUGUAACAAGUAUCACUGUUACAGUGUCACUGUUAAUUUCAUUUUGCCUCUUUGAUUUACAUAGGAGUUGUAUUUUUUUGUUUUCAUAGGAGAGGGUUUUGUGUCAUAAUAGCAUACUUUUUAAUAAAUACACUUGAAAUGUGUUUCAGGAUCUUUUUGGAAUAAAAAAUCAAAUUUUAUGAAAAAGGUGCAAUAACAAUACAUUUCAAAUGUAUUUCUUUUAACCAUGUUAUGUCCUCUCCACAGUUUAUUGAGUGGCCUCUCUUAUGUAAAUAAUACUGAUUAAAUUAAUUUAAGUA